AUGGCCUCCAGACUAGAGGACAAUCUCUGCUGUCCCAUCUGCCAUGACGUCUUUAAAGAUCCUGUCAUCCUGACCUGUAGCCACAGCUUCUGUAAAGACUGUCUUCAGAGCUGGUGGACACAGAAACCGAUCCAAGAGUGUCCACUCUGUCAGGGGAGACAUUCAAGAGGCUUCCCAGCUACUAACUUGGCUUUAAAGAACCUGUGUGAGAGUUUCUUACAGCAGAGAGAUCAGACGUCUCUCUGCAGGCUGCACUCGGAGAAACUCAAACUCUUCUGUCUGGACCAUCAGCAGCCGACGUGUGUCGUCUGCAGAGAUUCAGAAAAACACGCCGACCACACGUUCAGACCCGUCGAUGAAGCUGCACGACAACACAAGAAGAAACUUCGGGAAACUCUGGAGGUCCUAAAAAAGAAGUUAAAGUUUUAUGAACGAGUUAAAGAGGAGUUUGAUCCAACAGCAGCUCACAUGAAGGUCCAGGCCCGACGCACAGAGACGCAGAUUAAGGAGCAGUUUAAGAAGCUCCACCAGUUUCUGGAGGAGGAAGAGGAGGCCAGGAUGGCUGCACUGAGGGAGGAAGAGGAGCACAAGAGUCAGAGGAUGAAGGAGGAGCUGGAGGCUCUGAGCAGAGAGAUAGCGGCUCUUUCAGACACGGUCAGAGACGCAGAGGACGAGCUGAGAGCCGAAGACGUCUCCUUCCUGCAGAGAUACAAGGCUGCGGUGGACAGAGUCCAGCAGCGCCCCCUGCUGGAGGAUCCACAGCUGCUCUCAGGAGCUCUGAUAGACGAGGCCAAACACCUGGGCAACCUCACCUUCAACAUCUGGAACAAGAUGAAGGACACGGUCUCCUACAGUCCUCUGAUCCUGGACCCAAACACCGCUGAUCCAAGACUCGUCCUGUCUGAAGAUCUGACCAGCGUGAGACCAGGAGGACAGAGACAGCAGCUCCCUGAUAAUCCAGAGAGGUUUGAAUACUGGGCUGUCCUCGGCUCCGAGGGCUUUAACUCAGGGACUCACAGCUGGGACGUCCAGGUUGGAGACAAUACAGACUGGGAGCUGGGAGUGUUAUCGGAGUCCGUCCACAGGAAAGGAGUCAUACACUCUGGAUUAUGGAGAAUUUGGUUGGAUGAAGGUGAAUACUCGGCGUUCUCGCCGUCACAUCCAACCACAGUCCUCCCGGUGCGGCGCAAGUUCGAGAGGAUCCGAGUGAAUCUGGACUGGAACGGAGGAAAGCUGUCGUUCUCUGAUGUCGACACUAACACACACAUACACACCUUCACACACACUUUCACUGAGAGGAUGUUUCCUUACUUUAACACGGGAGAUAAACUUCCUCUGAAGGUUUUACCAGCGACGGUCUCUGUGACUGUACGAUGA